GAUAUGGUUGAAGAUCAUGGAGCUGAGAUUGUCAAGGAAAAUGCAUCUUUAGUGGAUUCAUCCUUGACUGAAUGCAAACAUGAUUUGCAGAAUUGCGAUGGUCCAGAAAGUUCAAUCAACAAGAAUAAUGGAGAUUGCAACUGUGACAAAGAAGAACAAGUGUACCCUUCUUGUGAUGUGGUUCGUUCUAGUCACAUGACAAAUAAUAAGCUGUACACAAGAUAUUUUGUCAUAAAGAGUUUGAGCCAUCAAAACAUUCAAUUGUCUGUUGAGAAAGGCAUUUGGGCAACUCAAAUAAUGAACGAACCUAUUCUGGAGGAGGCGUUUCAUAACUCAGAUAGGGUAAUUCUUAUAUUCAGUGUCAACAUGAGUGGCUUUUUCCAAGGGUAUGCGCAGAUGAUGUCUUCUGUGAGCUGGAAACGGGACAAUGUCUGGAGUAAAUCUAGUGGGGGAAGUAAUCCAUGGGGCCGUAGUUUUAAAGUCAAAUGGUUACAAUUAAGUGACUUGCCAUUUCAAAAGACUCUUCAUCUGAAGAAUCCGUUAAAUGACUACAAGCCUGUUAAAAUUAGCAGGGAUUGCCAGGAGUUAUCUGCAGAUAUUGGUGAAGCUCUUUGUGAGCUGUUUGAUGGAGAAGUAGACACCAAAGGCAGAUUGAAAAGGGCCAAUUCUUUUAUGGAUGAUGGUCUCCCAAAGAGAUCUUGCAGAAGUUCUCCUAUUAAUUUUGAAAGUCAAGAUAGUAUGCUUUCUGAACCUUCAUUACAUAUGAGAUGGGCAGGUCCAACAAUGUUACAUCCUUCUUUACUGUAUCAACAUGUUCAACAUGAAGAAAACACCCACCACACUAUGCUGGGAAGAUCACAGAGGCUUUCUUUUCAUCAAAACUCAUAUUUCUAUAUGGAUCCAGAAAACAGUUUAUGUAAGAAACAACCUUCUCUUAACAAACAUAUGAAUAAGGGACCAGGACAAAGAAAUGAAUUUUUGGAGUCAAUCAGGAAGGAUACACCUCUUGAAGAAAAUCUUGAUGUAUCAUUGACUGAAGAGGAUUUUCUCUCAAUGAUCAACAAAGUAUGCGAGGGGCUGGAUUUUGGUUCUACCAGGCAUUCUGCUGUUGGCUCGGGUAUUCCUUAUUUGUACAUAUGAGGAAUAUUUGCAAGUCAUUGGCAGGAGUUCUUUCUCAUCUCGUCGUCUGCCAUCAGCAUCAGUUGGAACUACAUCAGACCAUGCAGGUGUUGCACACAAAUAGUGGUGUGAUUUAUUAUAUGAUUGACUGUAGGUG